UCGAUGGCUUCACUCGGCGUACGGCGAAUGAAUCAGCCGCUGGGCAUUCGGGUCUGUUGCUGUCGCAUUUGUACCUGCAUCAAUUUUGGCUUUGUGCUCUCGCCGGGCGGCCUGCUCAAGUUGAUGCAGCUCGGCCUGGCCACGCUGUGUGAGGGACUGCUGAUACGGUAUGGUGUGCCAUAUGCUGAUUCCAUUGGUCAGGCUCUAACCAGCUUCUUGGCCACAACGGGCCAUUGCUUUACCACAACUGGCAUAUUGCUCCUCUGCUAUUGCUUCUCGGAUAAGUCUUAUGGACUCAUACGGCAGUCGCUCUUUGAAACACUGUUCCAUGGCCUGGCCAGCUGUAUGUACUUCAGCUCAGCCAGCUACAUGGGCUUCGCCUGCGUUGUGUGGCUGCAUCCACAGUUUCUAGUGCGUCCCGGCUUCUGGGCAUAUCCAGCCAUGACCGCCGCCUACUACAUGGGCUACGCAGCAGGUCUGCUGCAUGCCAUCGACGCCUUUCUCUCCUUCAAGCACUUUCGCAGAGUUAGCUAAGCGCGAACCGGCCUAAGUUCAUCCACUUAACACCAGCGAAGCCAUCUACAGAUAUACAACUUAAUCUAGAGAUUAGACAUAUAUACACACAUACUCAUAGAUAUAUUAUAUAUUAUACUAAGACUUUACGCUAACU